AUGGCGACAGCGAGGAAGAGGAAGGCUGUCACAAGAGAUGUCGAGGCGGACGCUGCUGUGGUCUCCGGAGACGAGCUCGAUUUUAGCAACCUCAAUGGCGGGCUGUCCGACUCCGACGAGGACGCACUAGAAAUUGACGUGACCGAGGAUUUUUCGGAUGAUGUGAGCGCCGACGGAGCAUCGGACCCUGGCGUCAGUGACGCAGACAGUAGUGUUGAAGAGGAAGAAGACGGUGAAGACGACGAAAGCGUCACCAGCGAAGACGCCGAACAAAAUGGGAACUUCCUGCAGCCAGUGCAACAGAAGACGGCAGUGGAGAAAGCAUUGGAGGGGGCUCAAGCCAUACAGGAUGCCCCAGACUCCUCCAGCGAAGACGAUGACCAAGGCUACACUAUCGAGAAAGAUGCCAAUGGCAACGACCGGUAUGUGUGGGGCGAGAUCGACCCUGGCGACGAUUCAGACUAUUCUGUGCCAGACGCAGAAGCCAACACGAUAGGUGACAUUCCUCUCAAAUAUUACGACUCAUACCCACACAUCGGCUACAACAUCAACGGGAAGAAGAUCAUGCGGCCAGCAGCCGGCCAGGCUUUGGACGCUCUACUCGAUACCAUUGAAGUACCCAAAGGAUGGACAGGCUUGACAGAUCCAAACACUGGCAAACCUCUACAGCUAAGCCAACAAGAACUCCAGCUCCUCAAGAAGGUCCAGAUGAACGAGCUCGCCAGCGACGGCAUUGACCCGUAUGAGCCUACAAUUGAAUGGUUCACGAGUCAGGUCGAGCAGAUGCCACUGAGUGCUGCUCCGGAACCCAAGCGGAGGUUCGUACCAUCGAAACAUGAGCAGAAGCGAGUGAUGAAAAUCGUGCGAGCAAUACGGGAAGGCCGUAUUCUACCAUACAAGCCACCGACGGAGGAAGAAGAAGAGGUACAGAACUACGAUGUGUGGGCCAACGAGGAGCCUCGCAAGGAACAUGCCAUGCAUAUGCCAGCACCCAAAUUACCGCCACCAGGCUUCGAUGAGAGCUACCAUCCGCCACCCGAGUAUCUGCCUGAUGCCAAAGAGAAGAAAGAGUGGGAGGACAUGGAUGAGGAAGACCGUCCGAAAGACUACCUACCGAGUGACUACAAUUCGCUACGAAAAGUACCUGGCUGGGGUCAAUUCAUCAAGGAGAAAUUUGAGCGAUGUUUGGAUCUGUACCUGGCGCCACGAGUCCGGCGUACAAAGAUGAACAUCGACCCCGAAUCGCUUCUACCAAAAUUGCCAGAUCCAGACGAGCUCAGACCGUUUCCCAUGCGUCAAUCCGAGAUCUUCAGCGGACAUGAAGGACGAGUGCGUUCCGUCUCGAUAUCUCCGUCAGGUGACUUAGUCGCCACAGGCGGUGAUGAUGGCACGCUCCGCGUGUGGAAGCUUGAACCGGCACGUCCAAUCUGGCAUGUCAAGUUGUCCUCUGAAGAUGCGAUCAACGCUGUACGAUGGCGGCCCACAAAGGACUCCUUGAUACUUGCAGCAGCUGCUGGUGAUGAGCUGUACUUUUGUGCACCUAUUUUCGACACUGCUAGCAGCUCCGAAGGCGGCGGCGACAGCAACAUGCUCGAACAUAGUCAAUCCAUUAUUGACGCAGGGUGGGGCUUCGCUGCUUCCAACGGAUCCUCGAAAAGCACGAGCGCAAUUUCGUGGAGCAGACCUUCAUCAAAAUUGCAGGCCAAGGGCGUUUCGAUCGUCCUCAGACUCGGACAUGCAGCCAAAUCACUGUCUUUCCAUGCUGGCGGCAAUUAUCUUGUCACUGUGUGUCCAGGUGCAAACGUUCCGGCGUCACAAGCUAUCGCUGUGCAUACUUUGAGCAAGCAUCAAACACAGCUGCCUUUCCGCAAGCGCAUACGUGGCGGAGGAACACCACAAGUGGCUCACUUCCAUCCCACGAAGCCCGUCCUGUACGUCGCGAACCAGCGCCUCAUACGAGCAUAUGACCUGUCAAAGCAGUCUCUGCUGAAGAUCAUACAGCCUGGAGCGCGAUGGAUCAGCAGCUUCGACGUCCAUCCUACCAGCUCGUCGACCGCUGGAUCGGACAACCUGAUCGUCGGCUCAUAUGACCGGCGGCUGUUGUGGAUGGAUCUCGAGCUGUCGCCUAGGCCAUACAAAACAUUACGAUUCCACGAAAAAGCCAUCCGCGCUGUUCGCUACCAUCCGGCAACGCACAAGUUUCCGCUGUUCGCGGAUGGCAGUGACGAUGGAAGUAUUCAGAUCUUUCAUGGUUCUGUGACGAGUGAUGCGAUGAGUAAUGCACAAAUAGUGCCAUUGAAGGUGCUUCGAGGUCACAAAGUGUCUGGUGGACUGGGAGUGAUGGAUUUGGAUUGGCAUCCUACGAAGCCAUGGCUUGUUAGUGCUGGCGGCGACGGGACGUCGGGCGAUCAGCACAAGUCCAACGGUGCUGUCACAGCAAAUCCUUUCGAUGAUGCAGAUGAAUCUGUGAAGAAGCAGAGCAUAUCGCCGUAUACCGCGUCAGAAAUUGCUACCCUACAAAGUCGACUGAACAAGCAAUUAGGCCCCGAAUGGCUAUCGUCAAGGCCAGGUGCGGGAGGGGCAAAAGUAUACUACGUUGAGACGCACAAGGCCAUACACCUUGCAAAUGAGGUCUUCGGUUUCAAUGGAUGGAACAGUGCUGUGCAGAAUAUACAGAUCGACUAUGUCGACGAACAUCCCCAGACGGGGAAGAUCUCACUCGGCUUGUCUGUCACGAUGCGGAUCACUCUUCGAGACGGGACAUAUCACGAGGACGUUGGCUAUGGCAGCGUAGAGAACAUGAAGGGCAAAGCGUCCGCAUUCGAGAAAGCAAAGAAGCAGGGAGUCUCGGACGGGGUCAAGCGUGUUCUUCGUAACUUUGGACAGCUACUGGGAACCUGCCUUCAGGACAAAGAGUAUCUCAACAAGGUCACCAAGAUCAAAGUGGCCCCUCGCAAGUUCGACAUCGAUGAGCUAUACCGACAUCCAGAUUUUGCCACCAACAAGGGACCAGCAGUGAAGAGGGAGAUCGCAGCUGAGUCAGAGCCUAAGCAGCUAGCACACAGCACCAAUAGUGACAACAGUCGCAUUAUCGCCGAAGAUAUGGACUUCGACGAGGGAAUGUUUGACGAUGAUGAUUUCGGAGGUGUCGAUGAGUCUGCUUUUCCAACAGAGCCUCGUGAUGCAGCUAAGAAGUACCAGGCUUCUGUAGCUCCACCCGUGGCUGCAUCGCGAGCAAUGACCACACCUUCUCGCCCGCCUCUGAAGGCGCCGUCGAACAAUGGCGCAUUGCAAGCCGGACACCAACAGACGAAUGGAAGGCCUGUUGAGAAGCCGAAACUUGGCCCUGCGAGCGUGCCUGAUCCAGCUGUGCCUGGUGCAAAUAGAACUCGUCAGCGGUCUUCGUCACCAGGCCUGCCUUCCCAGCACUUCAACAAUCACAACCAGGUCGCACCCGCCACAGGCCGAGGGACGGGUUUCUUCUCUGCCCGUGCGGCAGGGAGUGUCGACGAAAACAACAAUGUUAUCGACGGUGCAGCUCAGACGUUCAACCCUCACUUGGAAGCUCGCUCGAUCCCCCGGAAUCCGAAUAUCGACCAUACCAAGUCCAUUGCAUUACACAGAAACCUUACACCAGCUGCACCUGUUCCCGCAAGAGAAGAUGGAAUAAAUGCGUCAGCGUCAGCGUCAAACAUGACUAGGGCUGCAUUGCCGGGACAACCUCAGACACCCCAAACGCCGAUCGGAAUGGGUCGAGGGUUUUCCACAUCUCAUUAUCGACCGCCGACCAGGCGAGGACCAGAUGGUGCUAUUCUGGCACCUCAUACGAGCAACGCUGUGGCUGGAGGCGUGGACAGAGUUCUUCACGCAAAUAGACGGCCACCUUUGAACGAUGUAAGCAACAUGCAGAACCAACAUCAAUCAACAGCUACUACGCCGGACGGCACAGAUGCGAAGAGGCAGCGAAUAGGAGGCUCUGGUCAGGAGUUUCUUUCAAACGAGAAUCAGCUCUCUGGUGAGCCCGGAUGA